UUCGUCUUGGCUCGGCUCCGCCCCUCCGCGUGCCCGCCCAGCCCCGCCUCCGGCCCCGCCCCCUUAAGCCGCAGCGCCGCUCCCGGAAGUGCCACGUGUCCGCAGUGCGGCUGCGCGCGCCGCCCGGCAGUUCCGGUGGGUCCGUCCCCCCCGCCCGGGCCGGCGCCGCCACACGGGCGGCACCGAGCGCACCCGGCCGAGCCAUGGCCCAGCCCGCCGGGGCCCCCGCCGGCCAGCAGCCCUACAGUAACGGCCCUGUUCAAAAUCAGCUGAUGCAUUCCCCAGAUGGCCAGGGAUACAGCCCUGCAGUUCCAGGAUCGUACUCCCAUCAGAUGCCAGCAAAGGUUCCUCCACAUCAGUCUUCUGGACAGUACAGCUAUAGUGGCUCUCAGAAUGUUUCUCAAUUAAACAACUUCCAAGGACCUGGCCAGACUCUCAAUAGACCACCAGUGGCAGCUUUCUCUGGGUCACCAGUACAACAGCCAGGUCCUGCUGCACAAGUGCUGCCGCCUGCAUUACAGAACUCAGCUGCUGUAUCAGGUGCUGGGAGCUUUCCUCCUGGAGCCAGCCCACCGGUGCUUUCAAACUGGCAGUACAGCCAGACUCCUGUGAGUCAGCCACUUGGGGCUCAAACAAGCCAUUUGGCUCAUGUGCCUGGGACAGGGUCAGCUCAGCCACCAUCAUCAUUACCAGGAAGUACAAAUCCUGCAGGGAGUUAUCAAUAUGCUGCUUCUCCAGGAGCUCCUCCACUGCAGAACAGCUACAUGAAGCCAGGAUCUGCACCUCCGCCUGUGACUCAGCCUUUAACUCCCCUCCACCCUCCAAGGCCACCUUUAGGACCUCCACCAGUUGGUGGUCCCCCUAGGCCACCAGCAGCAGUAGCAGGACCACCUAGUGCACAGUCUGUGCUAAAACCAGCUGUAAACCAAGAAGGUGAUGCCAGAUCUGCUGCCAGUGAUGGGUCUGUAGUGCAAAACAGCUAUGAUGCAAUUGAAGGUGGUGGCCUCAUGGCAACUCCACAUCAUUCUCCUGCAGCCCCAAAUCUUAAGAUGAAUAGAAGUGUUGGGUAUUCUUACCCUGCCUUACCUCCAGGCUACCAACAUACUUCUCCACCUGGAGCCCCAGGAAUGAAUGCGUCUGCUUUGCAAUAUCCAGAUGGAUCCAAACAUUUCCAUCAGCCUGCCCUGGGCCCUAAUCACUUAACUGCAUCAAUGGCUGGCCUGAGUCUACAGCAGGAAGGGUUAAGACCUGUGAAUCUUCUUCAAGAAAGAAAUAUUCUUCCUACCACCCUUUUGAAGGCUCCUGUCCCCAACCUGCAUGAAGACAUCCAGAAGCUCAACUGCAAUCCUGAGUUGUUCCGCUGUACCCUGACUAACAUUCCUCAAACUCAGGCCUUAUUGAAUAAAGCCAAACUUCCUUUGGGGCUCCUGCUUCAUCCUUUCAAAGACUUAUCGCAAUUGCCAGUGGUCACUUCCAGUAUUAUUGUGAGAUGCCGUUCCUGCCGGACAUACAUCAACCCUUUUGUCAGCUUCCUAGACCAGAGGAGGUGGAAAUGCAAUUUGUGCUAUAGAGUCAAUGAUGUUCCUGAAGAAUUCCUGUAUAAUCCUGUGACAAGAGUUUAUGGAGAACCUCAUAAAAGACCUGAAGUCCAGAAUGCUACUAUCGAGUUUAUGGCUCCAUCUGAAUACAUGCUGCGUCCCCCUCAGCCACCCGUGUACCUCUUUGUGUUUGAUGUGUCUCACAAUGCAAUCGAGACAGGAUACUUGAACACAGUCUGCCAGACCUUAUUAGACAAUCUGGACUCGCUUCCUGGGAACACUAGAACAAAAAUAGGCUUCAUAACAUUUGACAGCACAAUCCAUUUCUACAGUCUUCAGGAAGGUCUCUCUCAGCCUCAGAUGCUCAUAGUUUCAGAUAUUGAAGAUGUAUUUAUACCAAUGCCAGAAAACUUAUUAGUAAAUUUGAAUGAAAAUAAAGAGCUAAUUCAAGAUCUGCUGAAGACAUUGCCACAGAUGUUUACCAAGUCCCUGGAAACUCAGAGUGCUCUGGGGCCUGCAUUACAGGCUGCCUUUAAGCUGAUGUCCCCCACUGGAGGUAGAGUCACUGUCUUCCAGACACAGCUCCCAUCUCUGGGAAUGGGAGCACUAAAGUCACGAGAGGAGCCAAACCAAAGAGCAGCAGCGAAGGAUAUCCAUCUGACACCAUCGACUGAUUUUUACAAGAAGUUGGCCUUGGACUGCUCAGGGCAACAGGUUGCAGUGGAUUUAUUUCUUCUUAGUGGGCAAUAUUCUGACUUGGCUUCUCUAGGUUGUAUAUCGAGGUAUUCUGCAGGGAGUGUCUACUACUACCAAUCUUACCAUCAUAAACACAACCCUGUCCAAGUGGAGAAAUUGCAAAAGGAACUGAAGCGAUAUUUAACUAGGAAAAUUGGCUUUGAGGCUGUCAUGAGGAUAAGAUGCACCAAAGGUCUUUCCAUUCAUACUUUCCAUGGGAACUUCUUUGUACGAUCUACAGACUUGUUGUCAUUGCCCAACGUAAACCCAGAUGCAGGAUAUGCUGUGCAGAUGUCGGUGGAAGAGAGUCUUACUGAUAUGCAGGUUGUUUCUUUUCAGUCAGCUCUCCUGUACACCUCCAGCAAAGGUGAAAGGCGAAUUCGUGUCCACACUAUGUGCUUACCUGUUGUCACAAACCUGAGCGAAGUGUACCUAGGGGCAGACGUGCAGGCCAUCACAGGGCUCUUAGCCAAUAUGGCUGUGGACCGCUCCGUUUCCGCCACGCUGAGCGAUGCUCGCGAUGCCUUGGUCAAUGCAGUGAUCGAUUCUUUAGCUGCUUAUCGCUCCUCCGUGCUGAGCAUCCAGCAGCCCGGCCUCACUGCUCCCUUCUCGCUGCGCCUCUUCCCACUUUACAUACUGGCACUCCUAAAACAGAAAGCAUUUCAAACUGGGACAAACACGCGUUUGGAUGAACGCAUCUUUACCAUGUGUCAGGUGAAAAACCAGCCCCUUGUUUACCUCAUGCUCAUGACACAUCCCAGUCUGUACAGAGUUGAUACUCUCACAGAUGAGGGAGCUCUUAACAUAAAUGACAGAACUAUACCUCAGCCACCCCUUCUCCAGCUGUCAGUGGAGAAGUUGAGUAGGGAUGGUGCUUAUCUUAUGGAUGCUGGCUCUGUGAUGUUUCUGUGGAUUGGGAAGAACUGUGGGCAGGGUUUUAUCAGCCAAGUCCUUGGGGUUCCAAAUUAUGGCUCAAUACCACUGAAUAUGACACAUCUCCCAGAACUCGAAACGGCAGAAUCCAUCAGAACACGAACUUUCGUUUCUUGGCUGAGAGAACAGAGACCUUUCUUUCCUAUACUAUAUAUAAUAAAGGAUGAGAGUCCAUUGAAAUCAAGUUUUCUGCAAAAUAUGAUUGAAGACAGAACAGAAUCAGCCUUAUCAUACUAUGAAUUCCUCCUUCAUAUACAGCAGCAAGUGAAUAAAUGAAACACCAGCCUUUGGCUUACUUCUUUAAGGAAAGAUUUUGCAGUAAAGAAUGAUUGUGCUUGUAAUAUCUUCAUUAAAUCUGUGGCCUGAGGCAGUUGAUGAGAAGUUCUCACUGUGAUUUCAACGAACUAAAGCAAAUAAAGGACCACAUCUGAGAAUCAAAUGUGCAACUACAUAAUAUUGUACCUUAAAAAAAAUCAAACUGUUGGAACUGGUUGAGCACCUUUAAUUUGCUGCAAAUCGUGUUUUUACUGUAAGUAGUUGCAGCAUGAAGUACAUUUACAAAGGCAAUACUGAAAAGGUGAAAUACAUUUUGUAAAAUAAAGAGUUCUUUGUUGUUCAAAAUGUA